UAAUGGCAAAGUCUAUGGAUUACGAAUUGUCAAAGAUAAGAUUGGAAAAUGGCCGCGAAACAAAAUCCUAUUGUUCAAGAAGAACAAGCAGCAUCUGAUGAUAUUCCAUUGACGUCCUUAGAAGAAAGCUUGUUUAGUGCGGAGAAACUUGAUCGUGCUUCUCCUGAAUUGUGGCCUGAGCAAAUUCCAGGCGUGUCGGAAUUUGCUCCUUUGCCGAGCGCUAAUCAAUCACCUCCGUCAUGGAGCAAAGGUGCUGCCACUAAAGAGGAUUACACUUAUAUGCAGCAAUUGGGAUCACUGUCCACAAGUGGUCUUAUCAUGGAAGUGAAGAAGCUACAUGACCUUGCUUACCAGUUGGGGCUUGAAGAGGCUAAGGAGAUGACCAGAGGAAAGUACUUGAAUAUCUUCUCUUCAAGACGACAUCGAUAGUCACUAUGUAACAUACAGAUAGGUAAUUUUAAGAACUAUAGUAUAACUAUAUAUAAUGCAUUCUUUUUAAACCUAACAUAUUAUUGGGAACUCGAAAUGAAACGCUAAUAAUUUUUAAACUUUUUAUUAUAUAAAUUUGUUUAAGAACACCUACAAUGUAAAUUAGUAGACGCUAAUAAACUAUUUAAGUUUA